AGAGCUUGGUGCAGAAGGGCGACAAUGCAGGAAGCGGCAGCAGGCUCGGCGAGGCUGCGCGUGGCGUUGGAGGGCGGCUUGCUGUAGGUGAGGGCUUGUCCCUCUUGCUGACAUGUAGAAGUACCUGGCGCUGGGGUUGAUGCUCCUCAGUGAGAGCCUCUGCUGUCCUUCACAGCGGUGAAGAGGAUGAUUUGGGCAUUAAAAGCUGAAAUUCAAGAGUAGGAAAAUGAGUGCUUUUAAAAAGUACUAUAGUCUCUCUCCCAGGACCUUUAGAAGAUCCUUGUCGGAACAAGAUGCUGGCACAGCUACCCUGAAGGAGUAUCACUGGUACCACCAAAUGAAAAGCAAGAAGAUGAAUAAACAAACGGCUUCGGAUCCUGAGAAGGCACUCGGAGCGUACAGGUGGCAGACACAUCCGCGGCUUCCCUGGAGGAUAAGCAAAAGAGCGCGCUCCUGCAGCCUUAGAGGAGGUAACGAUCCGAGCCUUGUCAAAAGUUCUGCAAGCGUGGAUGCUACCAGCACUGAGGAUCUCCACAAAGAUCCAGCGGAGAUGCUUUUCCAGGCAAGGACCAGGUCGCUGCGGGUUCCCUUCAACCGCUCUCUGUCCGAACCCAUGCCGCACUCUGCGGCCAGGAGCACGAAGCCCUUUCUGCAAGCCGUGCGCUCGGUGGACUGCGAGCAGCAGGGCUAUUUCGUCCGUGGCAUCUUCUCUACUCUCUCAAGUGGCUUUUCAAGGAUAAUAAAUCGAAGAGGGGAGCCUGUCAGUGAGUCACUAGGCGAGUGGAAGGCAGGUGAUAAUCAAAUUGAUCCGAUCACAGAUGUGAAAGGACCACCUACGCACAGGCUGUCCUGCGGCCAGUCCCCCUACACCGAUACGACAACAUGGGAGAGGAAAUACUGCAUCCUGACCGACAGCCAGCUGGUGCUGCUCAACAGGGAGAAAGAGGUGCCUGUGGAUGGGGUGCAGGAGCCGCAGGAUGCUACCAAGGGGCGCUGCCUGCGCCGGACAGUGAGCGUGCCCUCCGAGGGCCAAUUCCCCGAGUACCCACCAGAUGGGGCCGCCAAACUGGAGGUCCCAGCAGAGAGAUCUCCUCGCAGACGGAGCAUCUCCGGGACCAGCACAUCUGAGAAAACCAACUCCAUGGAUGCUGCAAACACUUCUCCUUUCAAAGUACCAGGCUUCUUCAGUAAACGUCUGAAAGGGUCCAUCAAGAGGACAAAGAGUCAGUCCAAGCUGGACAGGAACACAAGUUUCCGUCUCCCAUCUCUCCGCAAUGCUGAUGACAGGUCACGUGGAUUGCCGAAGCUGAAAGAGUCCCGUUCCCAUGAGUCCCUGCUGAGCCCCGGCAGCGCGGUGGAGGCCCUGGAUCUUGGGUCAGAAGAAAAAGUCUUUGUCAAACCACUUCACAGCAGUAUCCUUGGACAAGACUUCUGCUUUGAGGUAACCUACUCCAGUGGCAGUAAAUGCUUCAGCUGUUCCUCUGCAGCAGAGAGGGAUAAGUGGAUGGAAAACCUACGCAGAACAGUACAGCCGAAUAAGGACAACUGUCGUCGAGCUGAAAAUGUGCUCCGUCUCUGGAUCAUUGAGGCAAAGGACCUGGCCCCCAAGAAGAAGUACUUCUGUGAGCUGUGCCUUGAUGACACUCUCUUUGCCCGCACCACCAGCAAAACAAAAGCAGAUAACAUUUUCUGGGGAGAACACUUUGAGUUCUAUGGUCUCCCACCUCUUCACAGCAUCACAGUUCACAUCUACAAGGAUGUGGAGAAGAAGAAGAAAAAGGACAAGAACAACUACGUAGGCCUGGUCAACAUUCCCAUGGCCAGCGUAACUGGUCGUCAAUUUGUGGAAAAAUGGUACCCAGUCAGCACCCCUACACCCAACAAAGGGAAAUCAGGGGGUCCUUCCAUUCGGAUCAAGUCGCGUUACCAAACCAUCACCAUCUUGCCCAUGGAGCAAUACAAAGAAUUUGCAGAGUUUGUUACCAGCAACUAUACUAUGCUCUGCUCUGUGCUGGAACCCGUGAUCAGCGUAAGGAAUAAGGAAGAGAUGGCUUGUGCCUUGGUGCACAUUCUUCAGAGCACUGGGAGAGCAAAGGACUUCUUGACAGAUUUGGUGAUGUCUGAGGUAGAUCGUUGUGGGGAACACGACGUCUUGAUCUUCAGGGAGAACACACUUGCUACCAAAGCUAUUGAGGAGUACCUGAAGCUGGUAGGGCAGAAGUACCUUCACGAUGCACUAGGGGAGUUUAUCAAGGCUUUGUAUGAGUCAGAUGAAAACUGUGAAGUGGAUCCCAGCAAAUGCUCAUCCAGUGAAUUAACAGAUCAUCAGAGCAACCUGAAAAUGUGUUGUGAGCUGGCCUUCUGCAAGAUUAUCAAUUCUUACUGCGUGUUCCCUCGUGAGCUGAAGGAGGUGUUUGCAUCUUGGAAGCAGCAGUGCCUGAGCAGGGGCAAGCAGGACAUCAGUGAACGGCUGAUCAGUGCCUCCCUCUUCCUCCGCUUCCUGUGCCCCGCUAUCAUGUCCCCCAGCCUCUUUAGCCUCAUGCAGGAGUAUCCUGAUGACCGGACAUCUCGCACGCUCACGCUCAUUGCUAAAGUCAUUCAGAAUCUCGCCAAUUUUGCUAAAUUUGGGAAUAAGGAAGAGUACAUGGCCUUCAUGAAUGACUUUCUGGAACAUGAAUGGGGGGGAAUGAAGCGUUUCCUCCUGGAGAUCUCUAAUCCAGAUACCAUCUCAAACAUGCCUGGAUUUGAGGGCUACAUCGACCUGGGCAGAGAGCUCUCAGUUUUGCAUUCCCUCUUAUGGGAGGUUGUGUCCCAACUUGAUAAGGGUGAAAAUUCCUUCCUACAGGCGACCGUGGCAAAACUGGGACCCCUUCCUCGUAUUCUUGCCGACAUCACCAAAUCAAUGACCAACCCUACGCCAAUACAGCAGCAGCUGAGGCGUUUCACUGAGCACAGCUCUAGUCCAAACGUCAGUGGCAGUCUCUCCUCAGGGCUUCAGAAGAUAUUUGAGGACCCCACUGAUGGUGACUUGCAUAAGCUGAAGUCUCCAACCCAGGAAAAUGUGGAUGGAUAUUUCAGGGGCAAGACCUUACUGCUGGUUCAGCAGGCAUCCACCCAGAGCAUGACUUACUCAGAUAAAGAUGAAAGGGAAAGCAUCUUGCCCAACGGACGUAGCAUUUCCCUCAUGGACCUGCAGGAUCCUCACACAGCUCACAGUGACCACGCUUCUAUCAUGCACGACGUGCCUUUGCGUUUGGCCGGCAGCCAGCUCUCUAUCACCCAGGUGGCAAACAUCAAACAGCUGUGGGAAGCUCAGAGCACACCCCAGAGCGCGCCCCAGGUGCGAAGGCCUCUGCACCCAGCUUUGAACCAACAGGGCAGCCUCCAGCCGCUGUCCUUCCAGAACCCCGUUUACCACCUCAACAACCCUCCUCCGCCGAUGCCCAAGGCCUCUGUGGACUCCAGCCUGGAGAACCUGAGCACCGCCAGCUCCCGGAGCCGAAGCAACAGCGAAGACUUCAAACUCAGCGGGCCCAGUAACAGCAGCAUGGAGGACUUCACCAAGCGCAGCACGCAGAGCGAGGACUUCUCCAGGCGGCACACGGUCACGGACAAACACGUCCCCAUCGCCUUGCCCCGCCAGAACAGCAGCAGCCAAGCACAGAUCCGCAAAAUGGACCAAGGGCUGGGCGCCCGGGCCAAGGCACCACAGUCCUUGCCGCACAGCGCGUCCUUGCGGAGCACGGGCAGCAUGUCGGGGGUGUCGGGGGCCAUGGUGACUGAGCCCAUCCAGAACGGGAGCCGGUCCCGGCAGCAGUCCUCCUCCUCCAGGGAGAGCCCUGUCCCCAAGGUGAGGGCGAUUCAGAGGCAGCAAACGCAGCAGGUUCAGUCGCCUGUGGACUCUGCCACAAUGUCACCAGUGGAGAGGACAGCUGCGUGGGUUCUCAACAACGGGCAGUAUGAAGAAGUCGAGGAGGAUGCAGAGCAGAAUCCAGAUGAAGUCAAGCACGCUGAGAAGUAUGAACAAGAGAUAGCGAAGCUGAAGGAGCGCCUGAAGGUGUCGAGUCGCCGGCUGGAGGAGUAUGAGCGGCGACUCCUAGUGCAAGAGCAGCAAAUGCAGAAGCUGCUGAUGGAGUACAAGUCCAGGCUGGAAGACAGCGAGGAGAGACUGCGCAGGCAACAGGAGGAGAAGGACAGCCAGAUGAAAAGUAUUAUCAGUAGACUCAUGGCAGUUGAAGAGGAGCUGAAGAAGGAUCACGCAGAGAUGCAAGCUGUCAUCGAUGCAAAGCAGAAAAUUAUUGAUGCACAGGAGAAGCGGAUCGUGUCCCUGGACUCUGCCAACACGCGGCUGAUGAGUGCCCUGACGCAAGUGAAGGAGCGCUACAGCAUGCAAGUCCGCAAUGGCAUCUCCCCCAACCCCACCAAGCUUUCCAUCACGGAGAAUGGUGAAUUCAAAAACAGCAGCUGCUAAUUGGGCAGAUGCUGCCGGCCAUCUCCCCAGGAGAAGGGCAAGAGGGAGCAGACUCGAGAAACUCCCCAAAUAGCCUCCUUCCCCUUACAGGUUUACAUAAUGCUGCUAAUAAAAAGGAAAAGAGAAAGAACUCUGAACGGUGGGCUUUAA